UCAUCUGCAGAUUCCGACUAAUUUCAGAUCUAUUUUCUUCGCCUUUGCAGAUUUCCGAAAUGCUUUAUGAUUCCCACAAUUCUUCCUCCUGUUUCUUGAGAUUUUGAUCUUUUUUAUUGCGCGGUCGAGGUCGAACCGGAAUUAACAAUGGGAUUCUUGGUGACGACCCUGAUUUUCGCCGUGAUUGGAGUCAUCGCAUGUUUUUGCAUCACAAUUUGCUGUCGCAGAGGGGCUUCAACGAAUUUGUUCCACCUUACUCUGAUAAUUACUGCAACAAUAUGCUGCUGGAUGAUGUGGGCAAUUGUAUAUCUUGCACAAAUGAAGCCACUUAUCGUUCCAAUUCUGAACGACUCGGAGUGAAGUUUAUUUUGGAAACUCUUGCUAAUAUGAAUCUAAAUCAUCAUGGGUUGCUGCUGAUCAACCCUCAGAUUGUUAUAUUUUUCAGAUUCCAUGUAUCUAUGCUGCAUUUUCAGGUUGAAUCUGUGCAAUUCAUAAUUGGAAGAUGAUGACCUUCGGUCGGGUUCUGUAUUUUGUGUUUCCUGCGUGUUGAUUAAUUACUUUCCGUCAAAUUUUUGGGAAGAUCAACUGUUAUUUCUUUCGGAUACUUAGUUAUUUAAUACUGAUCUCCAUUUGUGAAAUUGAUCCUUUCUAUGGCUGGCUGUUUGGGCCAUCUUUCAGAUCUUUUUCUGCUUGAUCAUUGUUCCAUUAUUGUUAAAAUUUGUUGAUAAAGUGAUGCUUUGACUUUGAAA